GCUAUUCUUUAAAUUUGAAAUAACAAACACUACGGCUCUCCCUUUUUUUUUUCCAGAUUUUAUUAUAAAAUGGAUUCAGACGAGGAAGAUGCUCCCGUUAUCGCUCAAAAGUACCAAAAGGAUGCUAAAGUAGGUGAAGGUACCUAUGCUGUUGUCUACAGAGGCACUGAAGUAGCAACGAGUAGAACAGUAGCUAUUAAAAAGAUCAAAAUGGGUCAAUUUAAAGAUGGCAUGGAUCUCACAGCUAUUCGUGAAGUAAAAUAUCUACAAGAAAUAAGACAUCCUAAUGUGAUUGAGCUUAUUGAUGUCUAUUCCUAUAAAACCAAUUUGAAUCUAGUAUUGGAAUAUUUGGAAUCUGAUCUAGAACAAGUGAUUAAAGACAAGAGUAUUCUGUUUAUGCCAGCAGAUAUUAAAAGUUGGAUGCUGAUGAUCCUCAGAGGACUUGAUCACUGUCAUCGACACUUUAUUUUACAUAGAGAUAUGAAGCCAAACAAUUUGUUGAUAAGCAGUAAUGGUACCCUCAAAAUAGCAGAUUUUGGUUUAGCUCGCGAUUGGGGUGAUCCAGGCAAACAGAUGACUUCACAAGUAGUAACAAGAUGGUAUCGAUCACCAGAGCUUUUAUUUGGUGCCAAAGAAUAUUCAUAUGCUGUAGAUAUUUGGGCAGUAGGAUGUAUAUUUGCAGAGCUCAUGUUGAGAACACCUUAUGUUGCAGGAGAAUCAGAUAUAGAUCAACUUACAAAGAUAUUCCAUGCGCUGGGAACACCCACUGAGGCUGACUGGCCAGGCAUGACAGCAUUACCAGAUUAUAUCCCAUUUAAAGUGUUUCCAAAGGUGCCACUACGUCAAUAUUUCACAGCUGCUGGUGUUGAUGCACUCAGUUUAUUGGAACAAAUGCUUGUUUUUGAUCCAAACAAGCGAUGGACGGCUGAAGAAUGCUUGAAGCAUUCUUAUUUUAAGAAUGUGCCUUUACCCACAUCUCCAGAGAAAUUACCCAAGGUUCAACCAGACAUCGAUUACAUCGCCCUCGAACUCUAUGAAGGUAACAUCUCGAUGUUGAAGAUUUCCCAAAUCUGACCUCGGCCUCUAAAUGGCUGCAACUGUUAAGAGCACCAGUGUCUUCUUCUGCAGUUGGCCUUAUGCCAAAUUCUUCGUAGCAUCCCAGUUUUCUACUAGAUUCAAUAUGGGAUCGAUAUCGAAGAUUUCUUGAUUUCUGUUUGGUAACUUAUCUCUUGUUCGCUUUCUAGCCUUGAGAAACUGUUGUAGCAAAGUGCGGUUAGUCAAGCUAGGCUCUUAAUAAUACACGACUCGAUACACUGAGACGAUAACCGAGCAGAUCGCAUUCAAGUGAUGCAAGAAAAGUGAGCUUAGUGACGCAAGGUAUUCCAUUACUAAGGGUGGAUCGCAAUGGAAAGAUGCUUCUUCG